CAUUCGCAGGUCGGCAAAAAAAAGCAAACCAAGAGAGAGGAGAACAAUGACAAUCUGGAGACUCAAGAGACAGCUGCUAGUUUUCUACCAUGUCUUCUUCUGCUGUCUUAUAGUGUAUCUCUCGUUUGCUUCUGCUGCAAGGGAAACCCCCAGUUCUCGAGUUAAAGCAGUUAACCUCGGCGGUUGGCUGGUAACAGAAGGAUGGAUUAAACCAACUCUCUUUGAUGGAAUACCCAACAAUGAUCUCUUGGACGGAAACCAACUUCAAUUCAAGUCCGUUACAGUGGGGAAGUAUCUCUGUGCCGAGAGUGGAGGCGGAACAAUCAUUGUUGCAAACAGGACAUCUGCUUCUGGCUGGGAAACGUUUAAAUUGUGGAGGAUCAAUGAGACCACAUUUCAAUUUAGAGUGUUCAAUAGACAGUUCGUGGGACUGGAUGUACAAGGAGAUGGGAUUAAAGUAGUAGCUGUUUCAAACACGGCUGGUGGGUCGGAAACGUUUGAGAUUGUGAGGAAACCUGAUGAUUUAAGUCGCGUUCGUAUCAAAGCGCCCAAUGGGUUGUUUUUACAGGUGAAGACAGAGGAGCUGGUGACAGCCGAUUACCAAGGCAAUGGUGGAUGGGGAGAUGAUGAUCCGUCGGUUUUUGUAAUGGAAAGUGCUGGGACGUUGCACGGCGAGUUUCAAGUGACCAAUGGGUAUGGUCCUGACAAAGCCCCACAAGUUAUGAGGGUGCACUGGAGCACAUUCAUCGUGGAAGAUGAUUUCAAGUUUAUAUCGAACAAUGGGUUAAAUGCGGUGAGAAUUCCAGUUGGGUGGUGGAUAGCAAGCGACCCAACACCGCCCAUGCCUUUCGUGGGUGGAUCCUUGCAAGCUUUGGACAAUGCCUUCUUGUGGGCUAAGAAAUACGGUAUCAAAGUUAUCAUCGACUUACACGCAGCGCCAGGGUCACAAAAUGGUUGGGAGCACAGUGCAUCAAGAGACGGAUUUCAAGACUGGGGAACCACCGACGACAACAUACAACAGACCGUCGAGGUUAUAGACUUCCUCACUGCCAGGUACGCUAGGAACCCGAGCCUUUACGCAGUGGAACUGAUGAACGAGCCUCGCUCGCCCGGAGUAACGUUGGCGAGUCUAGAGAAGUACUACAGAGCCGGUUACGAUGCCGUGCGCAAGCACUCGUCUACGGCAUACGUGGUGAUGUCCAACCGUUUAGGAGAACCAUCUGAGCCGAGAGAACUUUUCCCUCUUGCCAGCGGUCUCGUGGGAUCUGUAAUCGACGUCCAUUACUACAAUCUUUUCAACGAUGCAUUCUACAACAUGACUGUGCAAGAAAACAUUGACUUCAUCCACACCAACAGAUCUGCUGAACUCAAUAAUGUCACCACAUCAAAUGGACCUCUCACUUUCGUCGGGGAAUGGGUAGCAGAGUGGCGAGUCAAUGGGGCAACAAAGAUGGACUAUCAGAGAUUUGCGGCGGCCCAACUGGAGGUAUAUGGGCGUGCCACAUUCGGAUGGGCCUAUUGGACACUAAAGAAUGUGAGGAACCACUGGAGUCUCGAAUGGAUGAUCAACAAUAAGUACAUAAAACUGUAGUCUGUAGUUGGUUUUACAGCAUUUAGAAACAAAAAAGAAUUAAUAAAUGGAAAUGAAUAUCAUGAUUGUAUUACAUGUGUACUUUUGCAAACCUAGUUUGAUAAUAAAUUCAAAGCUGUUGUUCCAAUUAA